AUGUCCCAAUGGCGAGUCACAGCCGAGCAUCCACUGCGGGAAGUUGAAGGGCUUGACCAUGAACGGUGUGCCGCUCUGCACAAUCUCAUCAUUGAGCGAGGAUGGACUGCAAGCGGUCGCAGCCUGACGGAUCUUGAUCGCCGGUCGUGGUGGGAGUGCUAUGGCGGGGAUGCUAAACUGCUACCACACGCUGCGAAAUUGAGCCCUUCUAUAAUCGCGUUUCUCAAAGCGGCGUGGCAUGGCUACGUGAUUACGGCACAACCACAACAUGCAUUCUUCAGAUACCUUGCCGGACUUUGCUCACCGGAUGAUCUUUGGAAGAACGCUCACUACGGCGACGACGAAGAUGACUCGAACAAGCGGCGCUACGUGACGCUCUACAUGGCCAAUUGGGCGCUGGGCACCAGUCAUCCACUGGGCCUCGUUUUUGAUCAACAGACGUCCACGGCCAUGCAGCACAUAUCUAUCCAUGACACGAGCGUCACAAUGAAUGGCCGACAGAUUUGGCUACCCCUCGAGCUCAUCCUUGAAGCCUUCCUUAAUAUGAUAGACCAGGGCAAAACACUUGCGGUGGACUCGUCCUACUGUGGGGAGCAAGAGAGAAUCGAGCCCUGGAUUAUGCCCUCGUAUACGAUCUGUGACUUGGACGAGACUCUCGAAGCCUUCAACCGACUGACAUGUGCGGUUGAAGCUCGUAUGCCUGGAGAUCCCAGUAAUAAAACGCGCCGCCUUGGAGAUGCGAUCGAGUCGAGCGCACUCCCCCCAAAUAGCUUCGCUGGUCGGUUCUUGGCGCGGGCUCGUGAAAUUCGAUUUAGCCAGGUCGCACCGGGCCUUCGUAUAGCCCGCCAGCAGCCAUUCUAUUCGGUCAAUGUCGAAGAAGGACAAAUACGGCCUAUACUGCUGUUCGAGAGCAGUCAGGAGGCCCACCAAGAUACAGAACGGGCGCCAUGGGGGGAGGAUCUCGUCAUAUCACCAUUCCCGCAGCCCUUUCGGCAUAUAUCAAAUUACCCGGCUGGUGUUUAUCUAACGGAGACGGAUCCGCACGGCGCACAUCCAUUUGAGGACGGCUGCAAGCUCAUCUUGCCUUGCACUAUCGGAGAAUAUGGUUGGGCUCGGACAAGCGAUGGCGCACUCUUUGGAGAGAAUGCGCACGCCAAGGGACCAACCGCUAGUCCAGUGGCGCUCAGCACACAAUUGUACCAACAAGGAUUCAACCAUUUUAUCCAGACGCACGAUGUGCAAUUGAAGCACGUGUUGGGGCACUGGGCAGACAUGGUGGAGAAAGGAAAGUGGGAAGUCGACGUUGACGGCGUAGCUGGUGGGAUAGAGAAAUGGAGGGAGGCUGACACAGAAGAUCAUUGGCGAGACUAUCAAUUACCGAUGUCUUGGUAA